AUGACGGAUCUGAUCCUAGACAUGCCAAGAAAGUGGCAACUAUAUGACAGGGUUAGAGGAGUUGCUCUCUCUAAAGAUAGGUUUCAGUUUAUCUUCAAGUAUGAACAUGACUUGAUAGAUAUUUUGAACAGAGGAGUUCACACUUCUAACCAGUGGUCGCUAGCGAUGGAAAGAUGGGUCGAGAGACCUCCGCCUGAUUUCUUGCAGUUCAUUGAGGUCUGGGUCCAAAUGAGGAACAUACCGGUUAACCACUAUACGAAGGCGGCGCUUACUGACCUUGCAGAGUUUGCUGGUCAAGUCAUCGAAGUUGCUUUUGAUCCAAACAAACCGCAGACCAAAGAUUAUAUAAGAGCUAAAGUCAGGUUUGAUGUCUCCAAGCCUCUUAGACGGUUUAAAACUGUUAAUGUUCCUAGUGGGGAGGUUGUGAAAAUAUUGUAUGAUUAUGAGAGACUUCAAAAGAGAUGCUACACUUGCCAAAGAUUGACGCAUGAACAGAGUUCCUGUCAUAUCUUCCAAGCUGCCAAGGCUGCUGUUGUGCUCAAAGAAAAAGGAUCAGUCUGUCUUCAGAAGCCUUUGAUGGAGAAAAUUAUUAAAGAGGAUGAUCCUCUUUUUGGAGUGGUUAUGGAAUCUCAAGUUGGUAUUAAUCCUCAGAAUGGGAAGCCAAAAAUUGCGGAGGAAGUGUUAGAAGGAAUGAGACAGUACUUGGUGGAUGCUGAAGGAGCUGAGAAAAUGGCAAGAAACGAAAGAAUCAAGUGGUCCUUAAAAGAAGUAGAGCAGGAUCCGAUCGCUCAGAAAACCUUUCUCAGGCUUGAACCGAGGCAAAAAGAACUCCCAAAAGAUGUGAUUUCUCAUGGAGGAAGCAAGCUUAUGGCAUCUGCCAUUAGAGCUGGUAAUGCGAUGUCUUUGGAACCUAGAAACAUGGGGAUGAUGUCUGAUGCUGGUGCCUUUUCUGAUUCUGCUACUGGUAGUUGGAAUCCUAGAGGUCCUACGGGUUAUAACAUUGGCAUCUCUGAUGUUUGUUCUUCCGGGUCCAAAGGGGGGAAAACUUACCAGAGGAGGAGGUCGGGUUCUUUUGUCAGAAAGGCUAGGGGAAAAUCUUUUAAGGUUGAAGCUUCUAGAGAAGGGAAGAUGAAAGAUAAAGCUCCAGCCGUUGCAGAGAAAAGGAAAAGUUCGAAUGAUGUGGAAACAUCUCAAUACUCACCAAGGUCUAAGAAACCAGCGGUGGUCCCAAAUGAGGGACCACCCAAUUUCUGA